UCUUUUGUGUAUUUAACAUUUUGACUCGCCUGGAUUGCACUCAGACGGGAGCCGUCAUGGAGAGAGCUGUGUUGCAGAUCACCCUCUUUGGGCUGCUGCUGUCUUUGGUUAGCGCUCAGCCGAUCAAGAGUGACUGGGACAUCUACAGCUUUCACAUCAACUCCACAGUGACCAGUCGUUAUGCCACCACUCUCAUCACAAGCCGCGUGGCCAAUCGUAUGGACGUGUCCAAGGAAAUAGAAUUCCAAGUCCGGAUUCCCAAGAAUGCCUUCAUCAGUAAAUUCAGGAUGUUUAUAGAUGGGCAGGAGUACAAUGGUACUGUGAAAGCUAAGGAGGAAGCUCAGCAGCAGUACACUGGUGCUGUGUCCCGUGGAGAAAGUGCUGGGAUUGUCAGUUCUGUGGGGAGGACUCUGGAGGAAUUUAAGACGUCUGUGAAUGUGGCCGCUCACAAAAAGGUGACCUUUGAACUCACGUACGAGGAGCUGCUGAAACGCACACUCGGCAAAUAUGAGUUGCAAAUCCACGCUCGCCCCAUGCAACCCGUCAAAGACUUCAAGGUGGACGUGUACAUUCACGAGAAAUCUGGCAUCAAUUUCAUCAACGUUAAAGGAGGACUGAGCAAAAUGGCUAAUGCCAUCACCACGCAACAUGUAGACAAACAGGCGUGGGUGUAUUUCUACCCCACAGAGGACCAACAGAAAACAUGUGAAGGCUGUGGAGCGCAGGGUAUGAACGGAGAUCUGAUUGUCGUCUAUGAAGUCAAUAGAGACGUCAAACUGGGAGACAUUAUGACGUCAGACGGGUACUUUGUUCAUCACUUUGCUCCGUCUGAUCUUACUCGCAUACCAAAGAAUGUCGUCUUUGUUAUCGAUCAAAGUGGCUCCAUGAAUGGCAGGAAAAUACAUCAGACGAGAAUAGCUCUACGCCAUAUAUUGUCUGACCUGGCAGAAGAUGAUUUCUUUGGUCUCGUCACUUUUGAUAGCGUGCUUUUUCACUGGAAACGUGAACUUGUCCAGGCCAGCCAGACGAACCUGGACAACGCCAAAAAGUUUGUAAACAAUAUUAGAGAUAGAGGAGCCACAGACAUUAACAAAGCAGUGUUGGAAGGAGCGCGCAUGCUGAAUGCAAAUUCCAGGGAAGGUGCAGCAUCUAUCCUUAUACUGCUCACUGAUGGAGACCCUACAUCAGGUGUGACUAACAUUGAAGCAAUACAGGCAAAUGUCAGACAGGCCAUUGCAGACAAAUUCCCUCUCUACUGUCUUGGCUUUGGUUUUGAUGUAAAUUUUGAGUUCCUGAAGAAGAUGUCACUGCAGAGCAACGGUGUGGCACGGCGGAUUUACGAGGACUCUGACGCUGAUUUGCAGCUGAAGGGUUUCUACGAAGAGGUGGCCACUCCUCUGUUGACAGAUGUGACAAUGGUCUAUAUGGGUGGGACCAAUUUGACCCAGACAAACUUCAGCCAGUAUUAUAACGGCUCUGAGAUUGUGGUGGCCGGUCUGAUCACUGACAACAACCUUGAAGCCUUUGUCCCACAAGUCGUGGCCAUUUCGGGAACUAAAAGAAUGAUGUUUUCUGACACAAACACCACCUUGGAGUCCACUGGAACAGUGUCCGAUGUCCGCAUCCAGAGAGUUUGGGCCUACCUCACUGUCAAACAGCUUCUGGAGAAACAGCUGCAGUUGUCUGGAGCAGAGCAGGAGAAAGUGAAGAAAGAAGCCUUGGAGCUGUCGUUGAAGUACGGUUUUGUGACACCACUUACAUCCAUGGUGGUGACCAAGCCUCCAGGGGAGAGCACAGAUGUGCUCCAUAAACCCAAAGAGGGUAAAGCAGCAGCAUCACCACAUUCACAUGUACAUCGUUUCCAAGCAAAACCUAGCAAAGGGAAACUGAUGCAUCAUUUUGUGCAAGGACAAUUACGACCACAGGUACCAUCAGCUCGAAAUGGACUAGCACUACCAGGACUAUCAGGACGAAAAGGACAAAGAGGACAAAUAGGAUCAGCACCACCAGGACAACCAGGACUACCAGGACUACCAGGACAAUCAUCAAGUCCAGGUCUAUCAGUGGAUCACUUGAGUGUUGCUGGGGAUAUGAGCAUGUUUAAUGCUUACGGCUCCAUGGAUACUGAUGAUGAUUCAGCAUUUUUGAUGCCGAUUGCACACGAUGCAUAUGAUUUUGACAUGGAUGAUUUACAGGCCACCAUUUCAUCACAUGUGCCACAUACAACUGCUGUUCCUUCUUCCCACAGGUUUUUGCUAAAAACUCAGUCUCUUCCGCUCUGCUUUGACGUCACUGGAGACGCUCGCCUUAAACUGCUUCACUAUUCCAGCAGGGAGCUGUACGUCAAUGGUGAGCUGGACUCUACUUUCAAUGGUGGCUUCACAAAGAUUAUCAUUCACUUCAGCGCUGACCAACACGUCGAGAUAAACACCAGUGAAAUCAUUGUGCGAGAGGGAAAUAAGACGUCACACCACACCGGAGAGGACCCGAUCACAGCCGGGGGUGUGACAGUAAUCAAGCGGAACAAGGAGGUGGAUGUUGCAGCUGGAGACGUACGCCUCGUCAUCUUACUUCAUGAGAAAGAUGGCAACACAUUCCUGUGGCCGGCGAUAAGACAGCAGCCAGCCGACAACGCCCUCGCCCACGGAAUUUUAGGUCUAAACGCCACAGUUUAUGAGGAGGUGCAGCAAACUCCUGGAACUAAACUGAAGAUUAAUAACCAAGUGUUUGACGUAACCAGAUCCAGUGCUGUUGACUAUAGCAUUGCCUCUCCUCCAACACUGGGAUGCUGGCUCGUGUCUGCUGCCACUGCUCUGCAGAGACCGUUGGAUGAUUUCAUUGUCAUGCAGCUUUAAUUAGGAAAAAAGAAAAAAUGUUGAAAACACGAUAAAAUGAUUAAAAAGUGAAAGCUGUGGCAUCUAUAAACAAGUCAAUAAAUAGAUUUCAGUUUGGAGUUUAA